AUGGCAGAAUUUGAUCAGACCAAGGCCUACGCCGAGCAGGAGGAAGUCUUCUUUGACGAUGGCCGUGAACUCGAGCUCUUGCACUUUGUCUACGGCAAGCCAGAGAUCGAGGAGAUCCGUGGCAAUCCUCAGAAGGUCCUGGCUGCCAUUGAUGAGUUUGCAAGGACGAAGAAGUACCUCAUGAACGUGGGAGAGGACAAGGGCAAGAUUGUUACCGACUUGAUCUCAGAGGUCAAACCAGAGACUAUGGUUGAGUUGGGAGGCUACAUUGGUUACUCCUGCAUUCUCUACGCCGAUGCCGUUCGCAAGGCUGGUGGUAAGCGUUACUUCAGUCUUGAAAGAGACCCCGUCUUUGGUGCUGUCAUCUCCUCGCUGGUUGACUUGGCUGGUCUGGGUGAUCUGGUAAAGGUCAUCAUCGGUUCCAGCGCUGUCUCAAUCAAGAGACUGCAUACUGAGGGCACCCUCAAGCACAUCGACAUGAUGUUCCUCGACCAUUACAAGCCCGCCUACAAGACCGACCUGAAGCUCUGCGAAGAACUCAAGCUUGUAACUCCUGGAACCGUGCUGGCAGCCGAUAACGUCAUCAAGCCCGGCAACCCCCAUACCUCGAGUACGUUCGCAGCAGUGUUGCAGAAAAGCGCAAGGCCGCGGAAGCUUCUUCGGACGAGAGCAACCCCGAUGCUAGAUUCGCCGACAGAACAGCCAAACAGUACGCCAACAGGCAGACAGAGGAAAAGCUGCAACAGUCCAGAGGCAACCCCAAUCUGGUUUACGACAGCAAGCUCAUCAACAGCUACGAGCCUUCAGGUGUACCGGACGGCGUCGAGAUCUCUCGUUGCACUGGCGAAGAGGCUCAGCCGCAACUCAAGACGCUCCCGAGGUGUUCAGAUCAAUGACGUUUAUCUACAAGUAGCUAGUGGAAAGCAUGUGAAAACGGGAGAGUUAUCCACCGAGCUAUCACGAAGCUAUCGUGAUCAACAAACAUGGCUUGCAUGGGUCGUGAAAUGCCAUGAUCUAGUCGUGACAACGACACUCAGGCUCAAUCCUUUCGCUAACCUCCUGCGAGUGCUGUGCUGCUUGGAGCUCCUUCCUCGAGGCGUGUCUCGCUCCUUCCCUUUCGCAGCCACCAUGCUCACUGCUGAGUCGUCGCGCUUUGCGCAUGCACUGCAGAAUGUCAAGCUGAUUGCUUUGAGCUUCUUUUUCCUGCCACUCGAUACCUUCAUCCUCUUUUUCAGCUAUGCGAUUCGCAUUCUCGUCGCCUUUCCAGCGACUUCGCACCGCGCCCGUGUGCGGUCUACAUAUACACGCUACUUCGAGCCCCGCACAGUGUUGGUGACUGGCGUAGGCAUGACCAAGGGCCUUGUCCUCGCUCGCCUAUUCUUUAUCGCCGGUCACAACGUUAUCGGUGCUGAUUUCGAGCCGCCAUUCUUGCCAAUCACUUGCGGGCACGUGUCACGCUCAAUCAAGGCUUUCCACCGCCUCGCGAAGCCUGAUGGCACCAGAGCAGGCUCCUCCAGAUAUUGCCAAAGUAUUCUGGAUAUUGUCCGAAAGGAAAAGGUUGACCUGUGGGUCAGCUGUUCCGGUGUAGCGAGCGCUGUUGAGGAUGGCCAAGCCAAGGAGAUGAUCGAGCUGCUCACAAAGUGCAAAGCCGUCCAGUACAAUGUGGCCACAACACAGAAGCUGCACGAGAAGCACUCGUUUACCGAGUACACCAAGUCUCUUGGACUCACAGUCCCCGAGACCCAUACCAUCACAUCAAAAACCGCUGCAUUAAGGGUGCUCGAAGAUGUGCGACCUUCGGGCAAAAAGUUCAUCAUGAAGUUCAUCGGAACGGAUGAUUCUGUUCGAGGUGACAUGACUCUGUUGCCAUUUGACUCGGUAUCCGCAACAAAGGCGCACAUCUCUCGCCUCCAGAUCUCUGAAGCACGUCCUUGGAUCCUACAACAGUUCAUCGAUGGUCCCGAGUAUUGCACUCAUGCUUUGGUCGUCCGUGGUGAAGUCAAGGCCUUCACUGCUUGUCCUUCUGCCGAAUUGUUGAUGCACUACGAAGCACUCUCUCCAGAUUCUUCCCUCAGCCGCAGUAUGCUGCGCUUCACGCAAGAGUAUGCGGCAAGCGACCCCGAGAAUUUCACAGGCCAUCUCUCUUUUGACUUCCUGGUGGACCGAAAAGAUGCUGAGCGUGCACGGAGAGAUCCCAACAUGGUUGUCACGCUUUAUCCUAUCGAGUGCAACCCUCGCGCACAUACCGCCGUUGCUCUGUUCAACAGUACACCAGAGAUGAUCGAGAAAGGAUACAUGUCUGUCCUCGAAGAGCCCACUACAUUUCAUAAAGAAGGAGCCAACGGGGCCUCGUACACACCUCCAGUGUACCCCCACAAGCCCGGACAAUACUACUGGAUCGGUCAUGACCUGGUAACAUGUGUCAUACUGCCCGCUCUCUCACUCUUCAAGAUCCACGGCAACAGCUUUGUCGAGGCUUUUGAGCACUUUAGCACCUUCCUUGAGCAUCUCUUCUUCUGGAGAGACGGCACUUACGAAAUUUGGGACCCGCUUCCAGCUUGGUGGCUGUAUCACAUUUACUGGCCCUUCCAAUAUGCUAAGAGCUUGGUCACAGGCUUCAAGUGGAGCCGGAUCAAUGUCAGUACCACGAAAAUGUUCGGCUGUUGA